AUGCGAAUUCAUGGACGAAACGGUCAAUCCCCACUCAUGGUCGCAGCACAACAAGAAAAUCUCGACUCUGAAAUAAUCAAAUGCUUAAUCUCUGCCGGUUGUAACAUGGGCAUGAAAGAUUUCGAUGGAAAAACUUCAUUUAUUCACGCGUGUGAAAAUGGAAAUUAUGAAAUUGCUAAAAUAAUUUAUGAAAAAUCUGGAAAAGGAAGGAAUGCUAUAAGGUUUGUGUUGAAGGGGGAAGAUCCUUUGACAUUGGCAGUUAAAAGUGGAAAUGAACAAUUGGUCAAUUGGUUAGCAAGUACUGAGAUAAUUAGAUCGAGUAGAAAGAAGGCACUUCUUGUUUCGAUUGAAAAGGGUGAUUAUUGGAUAUUUAAAAGUGUGUUUGAUCAUUGUUGUUUGGAUGCAGAUUUUAAUUGGUAUAAUAUUUUGAAAAUGUCAUGUGACAACAUUAAGAUUGACAUGUUAAAGUUGAUUCUGCCAAAAUGUAAAGAAAUAGGACCGCUAGAAUUGGAAAGUUAUGCCUCACAAGCAACUAUGCCAAAUGUCAGAAAUGAAUUUCUGCUAAACGCCAAGAAGAAACGUCAAGAAUUGAUUUGGAAAGAUCUCAAACCUGCUUUUCUAAUUAGAGAAAAAGCAAAAUCUACUAAGGCGACACCAAAUUCUCAAUUAUUACUUAAUCAUCCUUUGAAUUUAGUAUGCGAUGACAGUUUCCAUCUCAUUUGUAGUUUUCUUAUUACGAAACCAGUCGAAACUUCUAUUCGCUACUUUAUUGAAAAGAAAGAUGGUGUGAAAAUUUGGCACUUUUAUGAUGGAGGUCCAAGUCAUCGAUCCUGGAGUGAUUACGAUGGUGGUGAAGACAGCAGUGAUGAUGAUGAUUAUGAUUACUAUGAUGAUUAUUAA